CUGGUGUGUCAGACGCCCUGUCUCACAGUGCUUUACAUGUGCAAUCCUCAAGCAAACAGUGGUGCGGUUCCAUUGGGGGGCCCCUCAGGGUCCUCACGUCCUCCGUCAGCAGCAGCGUGAGCGGGCUGCGGCUGAUCCUGCAGCCAGCGGCCAUAGCCGUAGCCGUACUUGCUGCGGUACCUGCACAGUCACCCGCGGGCAUAAUCACGCAUGCAUAUUGUAUUCAGCCAUGCCCCUCUCGGACUAUCAUCUCUCUUCCCACCGGUUGUAUCUUCUGUACGCUUUUCUGUAUCUCUUGUAGCGCCUCCAUCUGUACUUCCAGCCAGACAAAGUGACCAGGGGGAACGACACCAGCAGUAGCAGCAGCACAAACACACGCAUGGCGGCUGGGGAAAAAAG